AUGGCUGUGGAGCUUAUGACGGGGUAUUCUGGUGAUAGUUUUGCUACAAAAAUGCAAGAGAAUGCUGUGAGAGAAGCGACAACUGCUGGGAUUCAAAGCGUCGAGGAAGUCAUAAAAGUGCUCAAACAAAAUCAACUUGAACAACAACAACAACAAUACUACCAAGAGUUAUCUGCAGCCUCCUCAAGUUCCAAUCUUGGCACGGAUAAUAUCAUGGCUGUUACUGAUAUGGCGGUGAACAAUUUUAAAAAGGUUAUUUCUUUACUUGGUCGCACCACAAGAACUGGCCAUGCUCGAUUCAGAAGAGCCCCUGUCACUUCUCCUCCUCAACAACAAAUACAAGAACCAGAAGCAGAACGGCAACAGCAAAAACAGCAAGUUCAAGAGCCAGGACCAUCUGUUAGAGCAAUUAAUUCGCAGCCAACAGAGCAAGGCUCUGCUUUUAGAGUUUAUCAACCAACCCCAAUCCAUCGUCUCCCUCCGUUGCCUCACAAUCAGCAACAAAAGACCCUCCUGGUUGCAAAAAAUGGGUUCUCAGAUCGGAAUGAAAUGGCCACUACAAUCAAUUUCUCUAAUUCACCAACAAUUUCUGCUGCCACUUCUUUCUUGUCUUCUUUAACAGGGGAAACUGAUAGCUUCCAGCGUUCUAUGUCUUCUGGGUUUCAGUUUACCCAACCUUCUGCUGGUAAACCCCCUUUGUCCUCUUCUUCUCUUAAGAGGAAGUGCAACUCCGUGGAUGAUGCUGCUCUCAAGUGUGGCUCUUCUUCUGGUCGCUGCCAUUGCUCCAAGAAAAGCAGGAAAUCAAGAGUUAAAAGAGUGGUUAGAGUUCCUGCAAUUAGUAGUAAGAUGGCUGAUAUUCCACCCGAUGAUUAUUCCUGGAGAAAGUAUGGUCAAAAGCCCAUCAAAGGCUCUCCUCAUCCAAGGGGAUAUUACAAGUGCAGUAGCGUGAGAGGAUGCCCAGCACGCAAACAUGUGGAGAGAGCUCUAGAUGACUCGAUGAUGCUUAUUGUGACCUAUGAUGGGGAACACAAUCACCCUCAUUCAUUCGAUGAUGCUCCUGCUGCUCUCGUCCUUGAAUCAUCUUAA